AUGGCGCCGAUGGCGGGCAGACUGCGCUGCGAGCACGGGGAAUACAAGGAUCGCAGCGCAUUCUCAAAGAGGCAGCUUGAGAAGUAUGACCGUGAAGCUCGAUCUGGAAACGCCACGCCGAGAAGGACCGGCAUCCGCUGCCUGGAGCAUGCAUCUGGAGCACUUGUUUUAGAGGGACUAUGCAAUGGACCCUGUGGCCGCCGAAGGGAGUUGGGAUUCUUCAGCAAGAGUACCAGACGCUCUGGGAAGAUGUGGUGCAUUGAUUGCACGGACUGGCAGAUCCGAACUGAGAAUGGAGAGGCGUUGCCCCCUCCGGGAAGCCAGCUGUCGGUGGAGGAAGCAAACCCUGCGGAGGUCUUUGUCGUGCGCUCGCGGAACGGUACGGCCGCAGAGAGCGGGGCCGCCACAGAUUUCGAUGACGAUGAGUCCGGCUUUGAUGAUGGCGCUUCGAUGGCGCUUUCUGCGUUGUCGAUUUCCGAAUCCCGCGGAGCGCCUGCUGUGGGUGGCGUCGAUCUGGAGCCGUCCGUGUAUGGUGACGGACCAGAUAAUUGGCACCUUGCGCAUCUUCGAGACCCUCAGACCGCGGCGCCACAUUGGCUGAUGCCCAACCUUGAUGGAAGUUCUCGUGGAGGAACUGUGACAGACUGGACGUCGGCUGCAGGUGACAGCGUGACCACACGUCCCCGCCGAGCUCGGGUCGAGGCCGUCUCAUUCAACGCCUGGGGUCCUAACGGCGAACGGGUCCGCAUGACCAAAACCCCAACAGUAGUGUCUAACAGCACGCGCAACGGAACGACACGUAGCGAGACUGUUACUGUCGGUAAGAGUGGUUGGGUCAAGGUGGCUUCGCGCAAACAGGCACCCCAGCUUCCCGACUACCUCAAGAAGGAAGAGAAUUUCCCACCUCCCCGACGCGUUGAGGAGUUUGAGGAACCCUGGUGGGAAGAUGAUUGA